UUACUACGCGGCUGUAUGCGGGACAAAAUCGAUUUGCAACACGUGAGUUUCUUGUUCGGUGUUGGUCGGUUUCGUUCUGCACGUCGUUCGUCAACAAGAGAUCUGAUGCUUCGAACUGCAUCUGUCAGAUUUGCACGUGGAUUCAGAACUGCAACGUUUGCUGCAAUGCCGAUCAAGGUUGGAGAGGCACUGCCUUCCAUCAAGGUAAUGGAGGGUACUCCAAAGGACACAGUUGAUGUUGCUAGUCUGUUCAAGGGAAAGAAAGGAAUAUUGUUUGCUGUCCCAGGAGCAUUCACUCCUGGAUGUAGCAAGACUCAUUUGCCAGGAUAUGUUGCUGAUUUUGACAAAAUAAAGAGUAAAGGUGUGGAUGUAGUUGCAUGCAUAGCUGUCAAUGACCCGUUUGUCAUGAGUGCAUGGGGAGAAGCAAACGGAUGUCAGGGCAAGAUCCAAAUGCUUGCUGAUGUACAUGGGGAAUUUACCAAGGCUGUGGACUUAGAGCUAGACGCCACUCCAUUCCUUGGCAAUAUAAGGUCAAAACGGUAUGCAAUGUUGGUUGAGGAUGGGGUCGUUAAGCAGCUUCAUGUUGAGCCAGAUGGUACGGGACUGACAUGCAGUUUGUCCAACUCAAUCCUGAGCCAGCUUUGACCAUUAUGAAAUUAGUCUGUUUAUUUUAGAGAAAACAAAUAAAAAAGGUUGUGACUAAACAUAAA